AUGGCUGAUGCAGCUCUAAUCAGAGGAUUACUUUCAAACUUGGCACCUCUGAUUAAGGAUGAAUUCUCGUUGUUUUGGAGUUUUAAGGAGGAGGUUCAAAAGCUAUCGAGCACACUAUCUUCUAUUAGUGCCGUUCUUGAGGAUGCAGAAAGAAAGAAGGACAAGGACAAACAAACGGAAGAUUGGUUGCGGAAGCUAAAAGAUGCGGCGUAUGAGGUUCGAGACAUCAUGGAUGAGUGCACCUUUGAAGAUCUUCGUCUUCAAGUCAACAGGCGUAAUGCCUCCUCUUCAACCCGGAUCAAGGUAACCAACUCAAUAACCCAUCCUUUUAUCAGUACUUGGACACGUCUAAAAGUUGGUCACAAAAUUAAGGAUGUUCAAGAGAAGCUUGACCAAAUUUCUUCAGAGCGCCAAAUGUUACGUUUGAGUGAAUCUAUUCCUGACUCAAAAAUAGUUAAGUUUACUAGUCACUGGCGUGAAACCAUGUCUCUUUCUAGUUGUAAUAAAGUAUAUGGGAGAGAUAUGGAGAAGAAAAAGAUUAUUGAUAUUCUGGUCAAUAAUACAUCUGGUGCUUGUGUUGAUAAAAAACUAUCUGUUCUACCCAUUGUUGGAAUUGGGGGUCUUGGUAAAACAACACUUGCCCAGUUGCCCAAACGGUCUUCAACGACGAGGAGAUUUCUUGUUGAAUAA